AGGAGAGUGAGUACAUAGAGCCUGCGUUUCGCUGUCAUGGGGAAGAGAUCAUCAAGCAAGUGAUUUCGUUGACUUCAUCUUCAUUCUCUUAUCCCCAUUGUCUUUUUCUUUCUCCUUCAUCGUUUGGGUUAGUUCGCCCCUUUUCCAAUACCCACCCAAGGCGAGUCGCCACCAUUCAUCAACAAUGAAGCAUAUCACCACUACCACUCUCCUCUCCUCCCUCCCACUCAUACUCCCCGUCUUCUCUACCCCCGUCUCCACUCCACACUACACAAACCACAAACCACCAGGCCACCUUCUCGGUUCCUCCUUCGGCGUUCCGGGGCCCCAAACGUUCGACUAUGUGGUCAUUGGCGGCGGCACCGCCGGCCUCGCCCUCGCAAGCCGCCUAAGCGAGAACCCCAACUGGACCGUCGCUGUCGUCGAGGCAGGCGGCUUCUAUGAGACGGAUAACGGCAACGUGAGCCAGGUUCCGUUAUUUGCGAGCAUAGGCUCGGAUAAGACGGCCGCGAAUUAUAACCCGUUGGUUGAUUGGGGGUUCAUGACUGAGCCACAGACGGUGGGUUACCCCUUUUGGCUAUCCGUUUGUCUUUCGGAUUUUCGUCCUUGUGCGCCACUUGGGUGCAAAGGAACGUCGUCAGUGGAAUUAUAUGCUGAUGUUAUGCUGGAACAGGGUGCUAACAACACCUCUGUGCAUUAUGCGCGAGGUAAGUGUCUGGGGGGCAGCUCGGCUCGGAACUAUAUGGCCUACCAGCGCGGGACAGUCGAGUCGUUCGACCUCUGGGCGACGCUUGUGGGCGACAAAUCGUACUCGUGGCGCUCUUUCCUGCCAUACCUUCAGAAGAGCGUUCACUUCACUCCACCCCCUGCCGGCAAACGAGCCGCCAACGCAACAGCAGCGGUUGAUCUCAAGACCAUCGGCCCGAACAACGGGCCUGUUUCGCUGACCUUCUCCAACUAUGCCAUGGGCAUUAGCAGCUAUGUGCAGAAAGGCUUUGCAGAGAUUGGGAUCCGUCCCACGAACGGAUUUGCUAGUGGCACACUGAAUGGGUCGAGCUACGUGCUCGAAACGAUCGAUGAAAGCACACAGAUUCGAGAGAGCUCCGAGACGGCAUUCCUGACGCCGGCGCUGGGAAGAGAUAAUUUAAUUGUAUUUGCGCAUACCCUGGCGAAAAAAGUGUUGUUUGAUAGCCAGAAAAGGGCCACCGGUGUGAGUGUUGAGACUGGCGGGAAGGUGUAUAAGCUCAGUGCGAAGAAUGAGGUUGUGCUUUCGGCGGGUGCGUUUCAAAGUCCGCAACUGCUGAUGGUAUCGGGCGUUGGGCCAAAGGCAACGCUGGAUAAAUUCAAUAUCCCCCUGGUGAAGAACUUGCCAGGCGUGGGGCAGAAUAUGUGGGACCAUGUGUUCUUCGGCCCCAGCUAUAAGGUCAACGUUAUCACAGGGUCAGCACUCGCGAGACCUGGAUUCGCGAAGAAAGCCGUGACAGACCUUCUCGAAAAGCAAUCCGGCAUCCUUACCAACUCCGGUGGGGAUUUCUUCGCAUGGGAGAAGCUUCCACCCACCAGCCGCGCCGCCCUCCCAGACUCCGACCGUAAAGCCCUCGCCUCCUUCCCCGCGGACUGGCCCGAGCUCGAAUACCUUACUGUCGGCGGCUACAUGGGAGAUAAUGUGGAUUACACCACCGGCCCCUCUGACGGCUUCAACUAUGCCACCGUGGUCGCCGCUCUCGUCGCGCCCCUUUCCCGCGGCACCGUCUCCAUCCGCUCCAACGACACUUCUGACGCUCCCGUGAUCGACCCGCAGUGGCUGACGCACCCUACGGACCGUGCUGUUGCAAUAGCUGCACAGAAGCGGUUGAGGGAGCUGUUUGCAACGAAGGCGAUGAAGGGGGUUGUGCUGGGGGAUAGGGUGUAUCCUCCUGCGACGAAGGGGGGUGAGACCGAUGCGCAGUUAUUGGCGGAGGUGGGGGCGGGCUUUAAUACGGUGUGGCAUGCGGCGUGUACGUGUAAGAUGGGGAAGAAGGAAGAUGAGAUGGCGGUGGUGGAUGGGAAGGCGAGGGUGUUUGGAGUGAGGGGAUUGAGGGUGGUGGAUGCGAGUUCGUUUGCGCUGUUGCCGCCGGGGCAUCCGGUAAGCGCUAUUUAUGCGUUGGCAGAGAAGAUUGCGGAUGAUAUUAAGAAGGAUCCGGUGGUUGUGUAG